AUGACACGAGAACAGUCGGUGAGUUGCAUGUAAACAAUGUUUUAUUCUUAUGUUAGUCAUGAUACGUCCUUAUUUUAUUCAAUUCUAUAUUGUAGGAAAUAUUUACAUUCUAAAAUCGUUAAGGUGCUAAGGUUAGUUAGCUAGAUAGCUGUCUAAACGCAAAUAUACAUCGCACGCGAUACAGUUUUGGAAACAUUUGGAACUUUCAUAUAAGCUAGAAGUGAUUUUUCAAAUACAAAAUAUACAUUUACUGUACGCAGUUUAGGAAAGUUGCACACGUCUGUGUUUUGAGAAACACAUGCGAUCCUGCCGGAAAUAUGGAAUGGAAUGGUCCAAUGGAAAUGCGAGCGCAUGGUGAGAGGAUGUGUCAUAGUGUAAAAACAGCCGGGUGCAACUUUGCUAAACUGCUCACAGUAAGUGUACUGUUAUAUUUAGUGUUUGAAAUAUUUUUUCUCACUUAUACUGUUUCCAAAACAGUAUUGCUAGCUUGGAUUAAUAAUGUUUCUAAACGUUAAAACAGAACGCCGGGAUUGUAGUUCAUUGAUAGAUCUGUGGUCCAUAUUUCAAUUGAGAACUCAAGGCCUGGGUAUAGCCUACACACUGGGGUUCUCGAGAGCUAAUGUUCCUGCAUGCCUGCUGAUCUACAUGUGUGCAAUACACUAGAAAACCAAAAGUGUGUGGACACCUGCUUGUCGAACAUCUCAUUCCAAAAUCGUGGGCAUUAAUAUGGAGUUGAUCCCCUCUUUGCUGCUCGAACAGCCUUUCACUCUUCUGGGUAGGCUUUCUACUAGAUGUUGGAACAUUGCUGCGGGGACUGGAUUCCAUUCCGCUGCAAGAGCCUUAGUGAGGUCGGGCACUGAUGUUGGGCAAUUAGGCCUGGCUCGCAGUCGCAAUUCAUCCCAAAGGUGUUCGAUGGGGUUGAGGUCAGGGCUCUGUGCAGGUCAGUCAAGUUCUUCCACACCGAUCUCGACAAACCAUUUCUGUAUGGACGUCGCUUUGUGCAGGGGGAUUGUCAUGCUUAAACAGGAAAGGGCCUUCCCCAAACUGUUGCCACAAAGUUGGAAGCGCAGAAUCGUUUAGAAUUUCAUUGUAUGCUGUAGCGUUAAGAUUUCCCUUCACUGGAACUAAGAGGCCUAGCCCUAACCAUGAAAAACAGCCCCAGACCAUUAUUCCUCCUCCACCAAACUUUACAGGUGGCACUAUGCAUUGGGUCAGGUAUCGUUCUCCUAGUAUCCGCCAAACCCAGAUUCCUCUGUCGGACUGCCAGAUGGUGAAGGGUGAUUCAUCACUCCAGAGAAUGCGUUUCCACUGCUCCAGAGUCCAAUGGCUACGAGCUUUACACCACUCCAGCGGACGCUUGGCAUUGCGCAUGGUGAUCUUAGGCUUGUGUGCGGCUGCUAGGCCAUGGAAACCCAUUUCAUGAAGCUCACAACAAAGUUAUUGUGCUGACGUUGCUUCCAGAGGCAGUUUGGAACUCGGUAGUGAGUGUUGCAACUGAGGACAGACGAUUUUUAUGCGCUACUCGCUUCAGCACUCGGAGGUCCCGUCCUGUGAGUUUGUGUGGCUUACCACAACAGCACUUACAGUUGACCAGGGCAGCUCUAGCAGGGCAGAAAUUUGAUGAACUGACUUGUUGGAAAGGUGGCCUCCUAUGACGGUGCUACGUUGAAAGUCACUGAGCUCUUCAGUAAGGCCAUUCUACUGCCAAUGUUUGUCUAUGGAGAUUGCAUGGCUGUGUGCUCGAUUUUAUACACCUGUCAGCAACAGGUGUCUGAAAUAGCCGAAUCCACUAAUUUGAAAGGGUGUCCACAUACUUUUGUAUAUAUAGUGUAUGUCAACAUGGAGUGAAUGAAUAUACUUUGUAUUUUAUUCUAACCCAUUCUAAUGUCUUAUGAUAUUUUAAUGUAUGUUAGUCAUGUGAUUUCUCUUGCAUCUUAAGCCACCUCAUGGGCACGUUUACCAGACCAUCCGCAUGCUGGAGCACGGGAUCAAAGCUGUCUACGUGUUUGAUGGCAAGCCCCCACAGCUGAAGUCAGGAGAGGUAAGGAUGGGGGUCACAUCAAGAUCCUUCACAACUUUAUUGCACCUCCUUGGGAUGUUGAUAUGCAUGGAUGGAUGGGCAUUAUGUAUUUUUUCAAGUGUUGAACAAUGUCUUAAUCUAACCUCUCUCUCUCUGUGGUUUUAGCUGGAGAAGAGAGGAGGGCAGAGGCUGAAAAACUGCUGGCCCAGGUGCAGGAAACAGGUACAGGAAGUCACCAACGGCAAAUAAACCUUUACACGAUACGGAAAUUACACCGACACGUGUGUAAUGAUGACCAAUUUUUAUAUUCACCACCAGGGGAGCAGGAGAACAUUGACAAGUUCAGUAAGCGUCUGGUGUAAGUUACCCGGCAGCACAACGACGAGUGCAAGAAGCUGCUCAACCUGAUGGGGGUGCCAUACAUCAAGGUUUGUCUCAAGUUUUGUUCCUUUCCUUAGCCACCCAUAACCUAUCAAUCUUCUGUGCACAUAGUUACACCUCAUACCAUUCAUUCAGUAUUGAAUGUAUCUAAAUGAUCUUCCAUCUCACCAACUAGGCUCCAUGUGAGGCAGAGGCGAGCUGCUCUGGUUAAGGUGGGGAAGGUGGUCGCCACGGCAACAGACGAUAUGGACGGCCUGACAUUUGGAACAGGGGUCCUACUGAGGCACCUCACCACCAGCGACGCAAAGUACUACUGCUGUUUCUAUACCACCUUACCCAUCUUUCAUCCUAUUUUAUAUGUGCAACAUCCCAGUCAUACAGUGUAUCUAACAGUAUUAUAACAAUAUAAGCUGUGUAUGUGUUUGAUAUUUGUUUUUGAGGUUUCUUGUAACAUUUCUGUUUCUCUAUUUUAGGAAGCUUCCUAUUCAGGAGUUCCACUUCACCCGCCUUCUGCAGUACAUUAAUCUGACCCAUGAGCAGGUAUCUCCAACUGCAGCGUCUGUCAAGAACUGUCUGAAUGUUUAGUCUUUUAUUGUCAUGUUGUGACUUUGGAACAUGACUUUUUGCCAGUAGGUGUAUAGUCUUUUAUCUCUGCCACUCACUCUCCCCUCUGUAUCACUCUCCCCUCUGUAUCACUCUCCCCUCUGUAUCACUCUCCCCUCUGUAUCACUCUCCCCUCUGUAUAGCCUCUGUCUCAGUUUAUUGACCUGUGCAUACUGCAGGGCUGUGACUAUCCUGGUACCAUCAAGGGAAUUGUGCCCAAGAGAGCCAUCGACCUGAUCAGACAGCACGGCUCCAUCGAGGAGGUUCUGGAGAACAUCGACCCUUCUAUGAGUUCACCUGUGCUGUGACUGUCAAACUUAAUUUAAAUACGCCGUUUGUAACCCCAAUUCUCAGUUGUUUUAAUUUGCUCCUCUUAAGCACACACAUGCACGACAGUCCCACAUCAUAAACAGUCCCUAGUUUGAGUUCCAAACAGUCACACAGCAGUUAUCCCAGUCCCAGAAGUCAGUGUGAGUGUUUGACUCCUUGGCCCCUUGCAGAAGCACCCUGCCCCAAAGGACUGGCUGUAUAAGGAGGCCAGAGGUCUGUUCCUGCAGCCUGACGUGAUGGACUACUCCACCGUAGACCUCAAGUGGAGCGAGCCCGACGAGGACGCCCUCAUCCAGUUCAUGUGUGCAGAGAAACAGUUCGGGUACAGGAUAGGAUCGACAUAA